AUGAUAAAGAAUGAACUUCUAUAUGUUGGGGUACUGGUCAUUUCAUUCUCCUCCACCAAGGUAGCUACGGAUGAAUGUCUUUCCUUCCUGAAGUCUGGGGCUGCACUGGGAGUGGACCUGUCUGAGCGGGAAUUGUGCAUACUAGCAACCGCUGUGGUGGAGAUCAAACAGAAGUACAAGAUUGACCCCAUGCAGAUACCUCUUGUGAUACAGGUGGAUCAGAACUUCACCCGACAACGCUAUGUUCGAUCGAACCCAUGGAUUGCAUGCUGCACAAUUCCCAAUGGGAAGUAUGUCCUCACAAAGACUUGGCGAGUGUUGACUGCCCAGGAUCAUGCUGCGCUACAGGGUCUGGCAGAGCCUGAUUUUUACCGCUUCAAGAUGCACUUGAAGGACCCCAGGAACAUCAAGAGAAUGGCUGGCGAUGCGUUUUCUAUUCCCAUCAACAUUGCGGCGUUCUUCACAUUGCUGUCACGUUGGAAACCUGUGUGA